AGGUAUUCCCACCAUGGCACCGUCCACAGCCAACGACAUCCCAAGAAUACAAAGAACGCAUAGAAGCCAAAUAACUGAUCGCUGAGCUUUGCCGUCAAUUUUACCAUCUUGGUUGAGUCUCCGGCACCGGCGGAAGCAUCACUGUCAAAGUUCACGAUGAUUCCGUAUCAAAUUCCGACCAACUCAUCAUCAUGUCCCCCUCCAUCUCUCUCUACAUCUACAUACACGUGUACAUUUGUUUAUAUCUCCAGGAUAUAUAUUCUGUGGUGAUAAUUUUUCUUCAAUUUUCUGAUUUUUUUUUUAGAAAAUUUCAAAAUUAGGGUUUUACGAACGAAUAUGUCAUGUGUCCAAAAGGGAAGAAUGGUAGAAAGACGACAUCGACAUGUAUGUGUUAUCUCCAAUUCGAUCUCUCCUAUAUUCACCAUUACCAAAACCUUACCCUCUCAAACCUCCCAGAUGCUCAGAUUGUGCCCCUCUUUUCAUGAAGGCAAAAUGCAACCACAAUCUCGUCAAUUCAGUCAUCAAAUUUCACCAAUUGGGCAUCGACCCAUCAAUCCCGACCCACGGAUCUAUCCAUAAUCCCAAACGGGUCCCACAUCGUUACACUUCAAACACAUCUCUCAAGGCAGGGGUACUUUCGUCAAACAACGAUACUCCAACUACCCCACGUUGUGUUGUUUUGGACAUUGAGGGGACAACUACACCUAUAUCGUUUGUUACAGAUGUUCUUUUUCCAUAUGCACGUGAUAAUGUUCGCAUGCAUUUGGAGGCAACUUAUGAUAGUGAUGAUACUAAAGAAGAUAUUAAAUUGUUACGCUCUCAAGUACAGGAUGAUUUGCAAAAUGGAGUUAUUGGUGCAGUGCCUAUUCCAUCUGAUGAUGCGGAAAAAGAGGAGGUGAUAAGUGCAUUGGUUGCUAAUGUUGAAGGAAUGAUAAAAGCCGAUAGAAAGAUUACUUCUUUAAAACAAUUACAAGGCCACAUUUGGCAUACCGGGUUUAAAAAAAAUGAACUAGAAGGAGUUGUUUAUGAUGAUGUUCCUCAAGCUCUAGAAAGAUGGCACGCUUGUGGUGUAAAGGUGUAUAUUUAUUCGAGUGGUAGCAGACUGGCACAACGGUUGUUGUUUGGAUAUACGAAUUAUGGUGACUUGAGAAAAUAUUUAUGUGGAUUUUUUGACACCACAAUCGGGAACAAGAAAGAGACAAAAAGUUACAUCGAAAUCUCUGAGAGCCUUGGAGUUGACGAGCCGUCAGACAUUUUAUUUGUGACGGAUGUUUAUCAAGAAGCUGUAGCAGCAAAAAUAGCUGGUUUGGAGGUGAUGAUUUCUGUUAGGCCAGGGAAUGGACCGCUUCCCGAGAAUCAUGGAUUUAUGUUGAUAAAGUCAUUUACGGAAAUACCCUUUUGAAGGUUCUUUUUGUAGCAUGUAGCGUGUAAGGUAAGAUGUAAACCAUGAGCAACUUAUGAUUGUGUUAGAUUUCUCAAGAAUAUAUGCUGAAAAACACGGAUUCUAUUAACAUUUGAAUUUUUAACUUUUGGUCCUUGAAAAUAUAUUUUUUGAAUGCUA